CGUGCUCUCCCGGAAGUGCCGCCGUGCCUGCGCUCUAUUUUUUUCUCCGAGUUCCUCCACGCUCAAAACAAACGGAAUGUGGAGGAAAUCAAUGGAAACUGUCACCGGCCUGAUGACUAACCCGCGGGUUCUGGUGGCUGGAUGAUCCCGGGUUCGAACUGGCUGUUAUGUUCGGUUCCGUAACCAGAGAAACCGCUGAGUUUCGGACCGUCGGAUCGGCUGUUAUGGGUCUAAUAAUCCGAGCGGAUUGAGCUCCAGGCGGAUGUGUCGGUGUCAGCGAGGAGGAGGCCCGUGUGAUCGCGUCAGCCGGUACUUUGUUCGCUCGGGCUGCCGCUAUGGCUUCGGUUCUGAGCUGCUUCUCCGGGCCGGAGGUUCUGGAGGACGUGACGCACGCUCGGGGUUUGAUGAGGGAGCUGAAGCUGCUGUACGACUCCCGCCUGCUGGGGGACGUGACCAUCGCCGUGGAGUGUGAGGAGGAAGAGGAGGACGAGACCCCGGAGCCGGGAGCGACCACAAGCGGACACCUGUUCCUGUGCAGCCGCAACGUGCUGGCCGCCGCCAGCCCCUACUUCAAGAGCAUGUUCACCGGGGGCCUGAACGAGUCCAUGCAGGACCGGGUGGUCAUCCGCGGCGUGGACUCCGAGUCCAUGUCCGUGAUCGUGGAUUACUGCUACACCGGCAGGGUGACCAUCACGGAGAGCAACGUCCAGAGGCUGUACGCGGCGGCCAACAUGCUGCAGCUGGAGUACAUCCGGAAGGCCAGCUCCAGCUUCAUGACGCGCAGGCUGGAGGUCUCCAACUGUGUGGGCAUCCUGAAGUUUGCAGACACCUACGACAACCCUGAGCUGAAGGAGAACGCCUUGGCCUUCAUCGCCAGGAACUUCAGCCAGGUGUGUCAGGGUGGAGAGCUGUGCGAGCUCAGCCUGGAGCAGCUGAAGGAGCUGCUGUCUCUGGACAUCCUGGACGUGGACAGUGAGAAGAAGGUCUGCUCGGCGGCCCUGGAGUGGAUGGAGGUCAACGCUGUUCUGCAUGACGAGGAUGCACUGCAGGUGCUGGAGUGCGUGCGCUGGAACCUCUUCACCGAGAAGGACAAGUGCUACCUGGAGGAUCUGGUGACCAAGCCCUUCGUGGAGAAGCACCUGCCGUCCUUCUUCAAACCGACCACGGUCGACGGCUGUAUGUCUGCGGCCUCCGAGUCCCCGAAAUGCAGAGUUGGCAUGAGCGCGAAGGAGAUGAUCCUCUUCUUCGGCCUCCCCAACGACAACAUCAUGUGCUGUGACCCCUACUCCGAGGACCUGUACUUCAUGAACCCUCCUCUGCAGGAUCUCAACGGCCAGGAUUACAAACGGUCCACUAUGGAGUCCUUGAUCGCUUGUGCCACACCGGAGAACAACCUGUACCUGGCGUCGCACUUCUCCAGACAUUUCUGGUUGUACAACCCCGUCCUGAACAGCUGGCAGGAGCUGGCGGAGCGGCCUCUGGGCAGGAUCCACUCCGGGAUGGGAUACCUCAACGGACACGUCUACCUGAUCGGAGGGAGGAAUCCGGUGACCGACGCCAGGCUGAAGGAGGUGGAGUGUUACAGCAUACAGAGAAACCAGUGGACCUUCGUGGCCCCUUUGCCCCACUCGUUGGGUAAAAUGCAGGUAGUUGCCCUGAACGAGCAGCUGUACGUGGUGAAUAAAAGGAGGAUGCUUUGCUACGACCCCAAGAGGAACCGCUGGCGCCACUGCGGCUCGCUGAGGAGGGACAAGCUCCACAAGGCCUGCGUCUUCCAGGAGCAGAUCGUCUGCGUCUGCGACAUCCCGGUGGUGAAGGCCUACAGCCCCACCAGGGGGGAGUGGAGGAGGCUGGGGGACAUCCCCAUCGACAGUCGGGCCUUGAACUACCAGGUGAUCCAGCACAGCGGCAAGCUGCUGCUCCUCACCCAGACGCUGCUGCAGCACAACAAGAACAGAGUCCUGAUCCACGAGUACGACCCCGAGAGGGAUGCAUGGAAGAACAUCAUGGCGGUGUACGUGUCCACGUUGGGGCCCGUGUGCGUGUCCACACGCGUGUACCCGGCGUGCCUGGGCUCCGCUCACAGCUUCUCCACCGAGGAGGAGGACGACAGUGGCUCCAGCGCCGACUGGGACCUGGACGGGUUGACGGAUGCGGACUCAGACUCUGGCAGCUCCAGCUCUUUCUCAGACGAGAACUGGUAAAAAUAGAGAAAAAAAUUCUUAUUUACAAAAACACCUGAUUAAAAGCAAGUCUUUAUGAUGAGAUCGGGAUACUUUCAAGUGCUUAUAAGACACCAGCUUAUGACUGCCAGAAACUACCACAGAUGGUACCAAUAAGGCCUUUGCUUUACUAGCAGAAGUACCUCAUCUCUAAGGAGCAUCCCUUCUUAGGUUGGAUAAAGGAAGCAACUUCAGGGAGGAAGAGUCAGUUCUAAAGGGAUAUUGAUCUGGAAAAUCUGUUCUCACCAACAUCCAUUUUCCCACCAGAAGUCACAUGACAUUGGAUUUCCUGCCCCAAAUCUCCAUGUGAAAAUAAAUCAUAAUAAAUUAUUUCAAUUUUGAUGCUUACUCAUGCUAAACUUAUUAGGGUUUUUAUUUUGAAAAGAAUACCUCAAACAGCAGUAAAUACCCUCUUAUGUCAUGCAGAUGAAGGAUGAACUUAUCAGAGGUGUAAACUCCUUUUUUCUCAAAAGUGAUUAUGCGUUUUCGUAACACUUCCAGUAUUACAAACAAUUUAACCUCAAUCGUUUCAUUCCAGGUUAAGCCAAACUUUUAUUUUGGAAAUGAAUCAGUAUUUUUAUCUUAAAAACCUGCAGGUAGAACACUAAUGUUAAGCUCUUCAAGUGGGAGGUGACAGAACAAUAAUGAACAGUCCUUAAUUUAUUGUAAAUGUUGAGACACUCAAUUCAGGGCUCAGAGUGGUUAUUAUACUUUUUAAUUUAAAAAUAUGUUGACAUAAAAGCAAUUUUUACAGCAAAGAAAGCCAUUAAUGAAGGCCAUUUUUUUUUUGUUUCAAAGUCUCAAUAUGUUCCGGAAUAUACUUGAUUUAAUGUGAAAUGUUGUAGGAAACCGCAUACUUUGUUUGAGCUGAUCUCAAAGAACAAACACAAGGUCAUGGAUUUAGUCAGGAAUGCUUUAAUACUUCAACAAUCAAUGUUUGGAAUUUUGCCGACGCUGAUUGUUGUAUCAUCUUAUGUUUGUGUGGAAAUCUACGGAGCCACGGACGUGACAUAAAAAUAAAAAAAAUGUUUGUUUUUUUUAUUUUAUUUUUAUGUUAAUUAGUUUUUUUUGCUCUCAAAUUAGCCUUUUUAGCCACAAUUUAGUAUUUUGGGCAACAAAUCAGUAUUUUGUCGGUGCAAUUUAGCCUAUUUCAAUAAGGCAUUUUGGAAAAAUUGCCAUUUUGUGUGCACAAAUGAUCUUUUUGGGGGUUCUAUUUAGCAUUUCUUUUGCUUAAUUUAGCAUUUUGUAUCCGCAAAUGAGCAAUUUAUGAGUUCAAUUUAGUAUUUUUGGACUCAAUUUAGCAUUUUUUAGGUGCACAUAUUGUUUUGUGGAGACAAAUUAGGGGUUUUUUUUGGGGGGGGGGGGGUUGCUCAAUGUAGCAUUUUGUGUCCACAAAUUAGCAUUUUGUGAUCUCAAUUUAUAGCAUUCUUGGAUUCAAUUUAGUAUUUUUCAGGUGCAUAUUGUUUUGUGGAGACAAACUAGCAUUUUCCAGGUACAAAUUCACAUUUGGUGUCCACAUUUAGCUUUUUGUUUGCUCAAUUUAGCAUUUUUUGUACACAAAUUAGCAUUGUGUUUGCUUAAUUUAACAUUUUUUGAUAUAUCUAAUUUUUCAGGACAAAUUAGCAUUCUGUGUGUAUAAUUUAGCAUUUUGUUUGGUACAAAUUAGCAUUUUCUGAUUUCUUAUUAGCAUUUUUGUGGAAAAAAAUAGUAUUUUGUUUGCUUGAUUUAGUAGUUUAGUUGAUUUUGUAGCCAGAACUUAGUAUGUUGUGGGCACAAGUUAAUUUUUUGUGCGCUUACAUUAGCAAUUUGUGCACAUAAUUUAAUAGUAUGUGCACACAAAAGACCAUUUUGUGGGCGAAAAUUACAUGUCGCAGACACAAAUCAGUAUUUUGUGGACAAAAUUUAAUAGUUGGAAUUGAAGAUAUUGAAAUACUGAUUUAUUAAAGUACUAAUUUGUCCACAAAAUUGUAAUUUGUGUGCGCAAAAUAUAAAUCUGUUCACUUCUGCCUUAAAAAUGCUAGUUUUGGCCACAAUUUAAUAUUUUCUGGCCACAAGUUUUUUAGGGAGCAAUUUAUUAUUAUUAUUUCAAUGUCAUGUCCAGAGCUCCAUAGAAAACAGCCCUGAAAUGUGUUCUUUUGUCAUGUUGUGGUGUGAAGCCACACUAUGACUGUGAAAGGUGAGUGUUUGGAGAACUCUCAGGUUUGGGCUUUAGCAUAAGCCUCAUUUUCCAUGAAUGGGUUUCUCUUUAGAUGUUGGGUUAAACACUAUGAUGUAUUAUUUUAGUGAAUAUUGUUUUUACCCUAAAUCCUUUUUGUAAUUUAAACUCUAGAGUUCAACAACAUUUUUGUUCUGUUUUCAUUAUUGUUUUAAGCUGAACUAAAACUCUACAGUGUUGUGCAGAUUGGUUCCUGAUGCUGCAAAGCUCCUGACCUCUGGAUGUGUUUGUGUGCAGCUGCUGAUAAGCUCACGAGUGAAGUAUGAUCAAUUUGUGUGCAUCAGAAAGAAAAAGAAGACUUUAUUUGUUUUUUCCUCUUUUUUUAUUUAAAUAUUUGUAUACAAAUAGAUGUUUCCAAUUCAGGCCAGCUAUUGUGUUUUAUUUUUGUUGUGUUACCACCUUGUGCUUAAACUGAGAUGAUGGUAAGUUAUUCUGUGAAUGUUGUGAGCCUUUUGGGCAGAAAAAUUAAACUUUUAUUCUCAAUGGU